UGGAAACUGGGUCGCGCUGCUGGACGCAGCGCCCCAAGGCCCCGCUUCCACGUGCGAGCCCGCUGCGCCUCCAGUCCGGCCAGGACUCGCUCCAGGGAAGGCGCCCGCGCCCUGCCGUCGCAGUAGCCGUGGCCAAGACGUCCACGCACGGCCGCCUGCUGCUGAAUCGCUCGCCAGGUCUCUCUGCCUUUGUGCUGGGGGACAAUGGGGGAACUGGAACCAGCACCCGCCGCCCGACGUGCGCCCAUGGAGGGCCUGGGCCGCUCGUGCCUGUGGCUGCGUGGCGAGCUGGAGCCCCCACGCCCGCUCCUGCUGCUCCUGGACUGCCGCAGCCGUGAGCUGUACGAAUCGGCGCGCAUCAGUGGGGCGCUGAGCGUGGCGCUGCCCACGCUGCUGCUGCGCCGCCUGCGGAGAGGGAGCCUGUCCGUGCGUGCCCUGCUGCCCGGGCCACCGCUGCAACCGCCGCCGCCUGCGACCGUGCUGCUGUACGACCAGAGUGGGGGGCGGCGCCGNNNGGCCGGGGCCGGAGCCGAGGCUGAGGAGUGGGAGGCCGAGUCAGUGCUGGGCAUCCUGCUGCAGAAGCUGCGCGAGGAAGGCUACCUGGCCUACUAUCUCCAGGGUGGCUUCAGCAGGUUCCAGGCCGAGUGCCCCCACCUGUGUGAGACCAGCCUCAGCAACCGCGCAGGCCUGGGCCUGGCGCCAUUGCCCAGCCCCCUGCCCGUAGUGGGGCUGGGCAGCCUGUGCCUGCCCUCCGACUACUCUGACACCGAGUCUGAAGUUGACCGUGAGUCCAUGAGCUGUGGCCUGGAUUCCGAGGCCACCACGACGCCAUCUGUGGGGCUGAUGCCUGCUUUCCCGGUCCAGAUCCUGCCCAACCUCUACCUGGGCAGUGCCCGGGAUUCGGCCAACCUGGAGAGCCUGGCCAAGCUGGGUAUCCGCUAUAUCCUCAAUGUCACCCCCAACCUCCCGAACCUCUUCGAGAAGAAUGGUGACUUCCACUACAAGCAGAUCCCCAUCUCAGACCACUGGAGCCAAAAUUUGUCCCAGUUCUUUCCGGAGGCCAUCACGUUCAUUGAUGAGGCCUUGUCCCAGAACUGCGGGGUGCUCGUCCACUGCCUGGCAGGAGUCAGCCGCUCUGUCACCGUCACCGUGGCCUACCUCAUGCAGAAGCUGCACUUGUCCCUCAAUGACGCCUACGACCUGGUGAAGAGGAAGAAGUCCAACAUCUCGCCCAACUUCAACUUCAUGGGGCAGCUGCUGGAUUUCGAGCGCAGCCUGCGCCUAGAGGAGCGGCGCCUGCGGGGCCAGGGCUCUGUAGCUUCUGACCCCCCAUCUUUCUUCACCACCCCCACCAGCGACGGGGUCUUCGAGCUGGACCCCACAUAGGGCUCGGAGGGGCUGAGGGCUGCUCCCCGCCCACCCUGCCCAGUGGUGCUAGGUCACCCAAGAGGGGGGAGGGGAGGGCACAGCCUCAUGGGGGUUGGGGGGAGGGAAAGCUCAAUACCUCACACGGGUGGCACAGCAAGGCCACCCUGCCCACUCGGGACAGCCACGGGAACCCCAUGAAAUGUGCCUAGGGGCCAGCCGGGGCCACUGGCCUGUCCCCCACGCUUUAGCACCUGCCUCUUCUGCGACUGUUACUUCCCUCUUCGGAGGCUCCCUAGCCAAGGGACCAUUCCAGCGGGCUGUCUGCGCCACCUCCUCUGCCCCAGGGACCUGCUCCCAGCCCUUUCCCACUCCCCAGUGGCCACUUGUGAGGAGGAGCUGGUCACGACCACCAGUGUAGGCCCUCCCCGCUUAUACGACCCCGGCUUGGGUGAACACUGGACCCAGAGAUUGGUGGGUGGCCGGCAUCCCCGGGGACAGCCUCUCUGGGUGCCCGGCCGCACAUCUGGUUGUGAGGGGACCCCUGGAACCCUUUGGGACGGCCCUGAGGGGACGGGGUGUCCAGCAGGGACAGGGAGGAAGAAGAAUGAAGGCCUUGAUUGGUGGCUCUGGGGCUUGCACAGCCGCUGUGGGUUUGGGGUGGGAUGGAGCCAAGCUGCAGACACACGGAGUCACACACCACAGCCACGCCCGGCCUGGGGCUGGCAGUCCUUUGUCACCCUUGAAACUGGGUGAGGGCCGCGCUUGUUUUUGUAAUCCACAUCAUGAUUGCUUUCUUUAAUUGUUCCUCCUGAAAUAAACGGUUUAUUUAAGA